AUGAUGAGAGAGGUGCGAAGUACGAGUUACCCAAGGAAAAAGGGAUCUGAGUCAGUGACAGUUAGAGAGAGAUGCUUAAUGAUGGCCACGGGUCACUUGCCUAGGAAUCCUUUACAAGUAGUUGCUGACUUGCUUCUAACUCUACGAUUCAGGGCUGUUCACGAUCGGAUACUUAAGGAUGUGAAUGGUAAUAUUGGUGAUCAUCUAAGAACUCAUAUUCAUUUGACAAAUUGCAUUCAUUUGAAGAACCAUAUGCAUAAGCAUAGCCCAGUUUCUGCUGAUAGGGCCCUUAUGACGGACCUCGUCUUCCUUCAGAGGUCAAGGUCUUUAAGGGAUCCAUCAACAAGUCCACCUUCAUGGCAUUCUCCUGCAUUCAAUGUGCUUCUUAGAACAGGUAAAAGUCAUGCCAUGGUCAAUGGAAGACGGUCUGUAGGCGUAGAUCGUCCUAUAGACGGUAGAGGGAUUGAGAUAAGCUUGCCUCCAAUAGAAGACCAAUUUUUUCGUGAGGUAAGCAGGCAUAAUGAUCAGGCAGUUCCAGCUGUGAGCAACCAUAGCAGAAAGAGUGUUAUGCAGGAAUGUAGAAAGGGCAAAAGAGAAGAGUCGGGGGGAAGGUUUCUGGGAAAUGAUGUCAUUUGCUGGAGUCACGAGCGUCCACAAGAUAGAAAUGACACAGAAGAUGACCAUGUUUCUGGGAACUUUGAUUCAAGAGACAAAAAUAUUAAACUGGGUGGGAGCAAUAGUCAAGAUGUACACCUUAAGACACUCUCUGACCAAUUAAAUGAGUUCCGUGCAGAAAGUGAUAAUGCAGCUUCCUCUAGAAACCAUGGCAAUGGAAAGAAUGCCCAAAUUGAAAAGAAUGAUGACGCGGCAGGAACCACUGCAGGUGGCUACAACAGCGGUCUGAAUAGGGUAAAGAGGCAUAAGUUUCGAGGUGCAAGAAAAACUCGGGCCACUGUGGCUAGCCAAGAUGCUGGUGCUCAAAAUGAAAUGUCUGUAGCGUCUAAUUCAUUUGCACAAAAUGGAUCACAUCAGAAAUAUCGAAUGGUUAAGGGAGAUAAAGAGUAUGCUGAUCAGACUAUCACUGGCAUUCAGAGAAAUGGGUGCGGAAUUCCUUGGAACUGGUCGAGGAUCCAUCAUAGAGGGAAAUCAUUUAUUGACGUGGCUGGACGUAGCCUUUCUUGUGGCCUGUCUGACUCAAGGGUAAAGAUAGGUAGUUCUAAUCCUCGAGGAAGUGUUGUCUUUGAUAGGCCAGUCACGUCAGAGCACUCGAGUUCUUCUAUUAAGCCUGAUGCAGAAGCAUUACCUCUACUGCUUGAUGCUUCUGAAUCUCGGGGAAGUAUGGAGAAUGCUGGUUGGUUGCAUGAUUAUUCUGGAGAGCUGGGGAUUUAUGCCGACAACCUACUAAAGCAGGAAAUUGAUUCGGACCUUGUAUCAGAAGGUAGGUCUGGUGAGCAACAAAAAUUUCAAAGGCACCGCUACCGCAGGCAUCAAAAUCUCACUCAAAAGUACAUGCCAAGAACUUUUAGAGAUCUGGUCGGUCAGAACUUGGUAGCACGGGCUCUUUCCAAUGCAGUUACAAAAAGGAAGGUCGGUUUGCUCUAUGUGUUUUAUGGGCCUCUUGGAACUGGUAAAACCUCCAGUGCAAGCAUAUUUGCCAGAGCGUUAAAUUGCCAGUCUUUGGAGCAUCCCAAACCAUGUGGCUUUUGCAAUUCUUGUGUUGCAUAUGAUAUGGGGAAGAGCAGAAACAUAAGGGAAAUUAGCUCAGUAAGCAAUUUUGACUUUGAAAGCAUUACUGACCUUCUUGACAACAUGGUUGUUUCCCAGCUUCCAUCUCAGUACAGAGUCUUGAUCUUUGAUGAAUGUGAUACUUCGUCUCAUGAUUUUUGGAGUGCAAUACUGAAGGUCCUUGACCGAGCUCCUAGGCAUGUUGUUUUUGUCCUCAUCAGCUCAAGUCUUGAUGUCUUGCCUCAUAUCAUAAUAUCCAGGUGCCAGAAAUUCUUCUUCCCAAAAUUGAAGGAUGCAGAUAUAAUCUAUACUUUAAAAUGGAUUGCAACAAAGGAAGAUUUAGAAAUUGAUAAGGAUGCACUAAAGCUUAUUGCAUCAAGAUCGGAUGGAUCUUUGAGGGAUGCGGAGAUGACUCUAGAACAACUGAGUUUGCUUGGACAGAGAAUCACUGUUCCCCUGGUGCAGGAACUGGUUGGGCUUAUUUCCGAUGAGAAGUUAGUAGAUCUACUUGAUUUAGCAUUAUCUGCAGACACGGUCAAUACAGUGAAGAAUUUGAGAGAGAUCAUGGAAUCUGGUAUUGAACCAUUGGCAUUAAUGUCGCAACUUGCUACAGUCAUAACUGAUAUUUUGGCUGGAAGCUACGAUUUUAUGAAAGAAAGGCCUAGAAGGAAGUUUUUCCAGCGGCAAGCAUUAUCAAAAGAAGAUAUGGAAAAACUCCGUCAAGCUCUGAAAACACUAUCUGAAGCUGAAAAGCAGCUGAGAAUGUCGAAUGAUAAAAUAACUUGGCUGACAGCUGCUCUGCUACAACUAGCUCCCGAUCAGCAGUAUAUGUUACGCAACUCCUCUGCCGAUAGUAGUCUUAAUCAUAGUCUCCCAGGAUUAAGUAAUUUUGAUUUGAGAGAUGGACCAUGGAAAAGUAAUGUCAAACAUACUGAAGUGCCUAAUUUUCAACCUGGAAGUUCCAGGGAUAUUUAUCAUAGUGCUAAGGGUAUCAGCAUGGAUGGAUUAUCCCAACAGGUGUACAGUGCUUCAGAAGAUAAAAAUAAAGCAAUGGGAGUGCAAUUACAGAGUAAAUUUGGUUGUGAAAUUGGAGAAAUUUGGUUGAAUGUGUUACAUAAGAUCCCAAUAAAUAGCAUAAAAGAGUUUCUGUAUCAAGAAGGAAAGCUGAUCUCAGUCUGUUUCGGUGCAGCUCCCACAGUGCAAUUGAUGUUCAGUUCGCAGCUGAUAAAAUCUAAGGCAGAAAAAUUCAGGGAGCACAUUUUACAAGCUUUCCAGUCAGUUCUUCGGACCCCUGUGACAAUUGAAAUCAGAUGUGAAUCAAGUAAAAAUUUCAGGGGAGGACCAAUUAUGUUACCUGCAUCUCAGGAAAUUUCAUCUCGUCUACUUGCCAGUAAAGGGAUGCCUAGGUCAGGUCACAAUGAUAUAAGAAAUCUCCAGCAAAGUAGAGAUGGUUUGUCUCAAGCCCAGUUUGAUACGACUGAAAUGGGUCUGACUGAAAUUGUUGAAGUAGAAGCUUCUCCGAGAGAACCUAAAGGAGGUGAACCCAAAAAUGAAAAGGCACGCUAUGACCAGAGAAAUAUGGGGAUUUCUAUUGCAGAUGGACGAAAGUUAGGUGAGAGAAAUCAGAGUCUAAGCCUAGUUAGAGGCAAGGUAUCCCUUGCUCAUGUAAUUCAGCAGGCAGAAGGAUGUUCACUACAAAGUGGAUGGUCAAAGCGCAAAGCUGUUUCUAUAGCUGAAAAACUUGAACAAGAAAAUCUGAGCUUGGAACCAAGAUCAAGAGGCUUGCUUUGUUGGAAUGUUCCUAGAGUAACCCGUCGAAAGCUUUUGCGCUUGAAAAUCAGAACGAGGAAGCCUAAAACUUUGCUGAAAUUUGUCUCAUGUGGAAGGUGUCUCUCCGGUAGGUCUCCAAGGUAA